GAGUGAACAAAAGUGACCCGAGAAAUUGUUGAAGUUGCGAAAAAAAGUUUGAUGUUUUAUAACAAUAAUAUUUAGAUGAUUUGGAUACAAAUUUUUUGUUUUUGUUUCGUCUCCCUACCUUAAUAAAUAUAUAAGCUUUAUCAACAUACAAAUAUCUAAAAAUUAUAUUUUUUUAAAAUGGAUUUUUCCAACAAUUCGAAAAAAAUCAGAGUAGAAAGUGCCAAUGAAUCGUCGUGGUGGACUUUACCCGAACCAGUUCUAAUUGAAAUUCUUUUAUAUUUACCACCAAAAGAUAUAAUUAAUGCAGGAUUCACUUGCCAACGUUGGUAUGAUAUAUCCAAUGAUAAUACAAUAUGGAAAAAAAAGUUUCAACAAAGACACAAAACGGAUCAUAGUAUUCGUAUCAAACCUGGUAGUGAUUCUUGGAAAAGCGAAUAUAAAAGGCUAGCCUGUAAUAUCCCUUUCGUAUUAUCACAGAAACUCAAAGGACAUACUCACCAAGUUCUUCAUGUUAGUUUUUCUCACAAUGGAAAGAUGUUUGCCACUUGCUCCAAGGAUGGAUAUGUCAUCAUAUGGAACUCGGAUCAUCCUUGUACUGAAAGACACUCGCAUAAUAUGAAACAGUUUAGCUGGAAGUAUACACAAUACUCACAAUUUAAUCAAAGCGAUACAUUAUUAAUGGUAUCAGGAGUUCAUUUUGGGCAGCCACAUAGCACUUCUGGGGAAAUUGCAGUUUUUACAGUUGAUGACAAAAAUGAAUCUACUCUAAGAUGUCGCGUUGUGAAUCGUCCAUACGAUGUAUUUGGCACAUGGUUUUGUGAUCAAUAUCUAAUAUCGGGUGAUUUACACUGGCUGGCUCAUUUAGUAAGUACCUCUGUUCUUUGGCUGAAUAAGGCGAGCCAAGAGGUUAGUUCCGAACAUGUUCCUGUGAUGAAUCAAUUAUAUAAAUUCUACAACCGAAAUGCUAGUUCUGUGCGAGCAGUUAUUAUGGCAAAGUGCCCUUGGUUGGAUGAAUCCAACGACCCCUUAGCACCUGAAAAAUCUGAAAAAUUAUUACCCUCCCCAAAUGAAGAUAUUUUACCAGAAACAUCUUUAUCAAGCAAAGCUCGUGGAAAUCCGCUUUCUAAUUCGAAUUUUCAAAGCAUGUCAAAGGAAUGUAUUGAUGAAGAUUUUUGUCUUCCAAAUAUUAAUGCGAAUUCAAAUAGCAACUAUAUCGAUAAAUCCGUUGAAACGAUUCAUUACUUAAAUGAAUACCAUGUAAAUUUUGCAGACAGUGACAUGGAAAAGGACGCAUCUGCAUCUUGUACAUCUGCUGAAGCAAAAAAACAAGAUAUCACCGAAGAGUAUGAUGAAAUGGAAAACUCUAUUCCAAGAUAUAUAAUUUUUUCUACGGGAUCCAAAACCUACACACCACAUCAAGUUGGAAUCAAACGAGUAAGAAAUAUUACAUUUCCUAAAAGAUUAGAUCCUGGCCCAUCUUUGAAGGAGCGCAUUGCCGCGAAAAAGAGAGCAAAAGAGGAGCAGCAAAAUCAGCCUAGAGUGGAACCUGAUUGGUGGAACUUUGAUGCUGUUGCUGAUCGCUUCGACAAAGUUGACAAAGUAAUUGACUUGCAUGGGCACAUUAUUGGCAUGGCUUUAAGUCCAGAUCACAGAUAUUUAUAUGUCAACACACGCCCAUGGCCAAGAGGUUACAUCAUAACAAAUGCUUUGGAUCCUCCUCCGAUUGCUCAAGAAAUUGAUAUACACGUUAUUGAUCUUAUGAGCCUUAAACUUGUAGGAAAUAUGCUUAAGUCACAUAAAGCUUAUACACCUGGAACAGAGUGUUUCUUUAUUUUUCUUGAUGUCUCUGACAAUUAUGUAGCAAGUGGCGCUGAAGACAUGCAUGCAUAUCUUUGGGAUCGUUAUUAUGGAAUAUGUUUGGCUAAAUAUAAACAUAAUGAUGUUGUUAACUGUGUUGCUUUCAACCCUCGUGAUUCAGAAAUGCUUGUAACUACAAGCGACGAUUAUUCAAUUAAAAUCUGGAGAUCAAAAGAAAGUGCUAAAAGUAUUGGUUUAGACUUGAAAACAUGUACAGAAGCUGUAGAGUUGCGUUCGAAGUCUUGAUUGUGAAACAAAAAAAAAAUAUUGUGUGCACAUAAUUUGUAUAAUAAUUUAAAGUUAAUUUUAGUAAAUGUUUAUUUCGUAUUAACAACUUAA